AUGCAGACGCGAGGAAGUCAUUUCGACAUGAGUGUAGAACUAAAUGGUGUUACAAUCAAGUUUUUAUGGGACAAGUACUUCAACGGCACCGGACUAAAACUUAUACAAGAUAUUGCACUUAAUGGAUACAAUUCACUAGAAAAAAUGAAUACAGCAGCCUACAAUCAAGAUCCUAAAUAUAAACCAAAAACUUACCUUUAUAUUUCUGGUGGAGCAUGGUUUGCCUAUACGGAGAGUCCAUCCGAGGUUGCUAAUAUUUAUGACCAAAAUAUGCAGGCUAUGUUUAAAACCAUUGACGCACGAGUUGAUGGUGCAUUUGAUGGUGUUUAUUUCGGUGCGCCGCUAAUUCCAUACUACCGACUUUUGAGCUUAGGUCGAAACGACAAGCUAACCCUAGAUCAGUAUAGUCGCAUGAUUCGAAUUGCUGAUGAUUUUUUUGGAUUUAGACGUACCAACCAAACAGUUGAAUCGAAAACUAGCCCUACUUUGAAACAGGGUGGGAUCCGCUAUCGCACACUACCACACCGUACCUCUGAGGUCUCAGCUUACUACUUCCCUAUAGUUAACGAGCUUGGAGCAGAAAAUCAUGAGGGGCUUUACGACGAUAUUGUGGUUCAUUAUACUGAGCCUAGUUCUCUUAUUCAAGGCAAUAUUCUUCUCAACCAUAUGUGCAACCAGCGAAUAGCCGAUACUACAAGGCAGCCACUAGCCGGAACUUCUUGUUGUGUCAAGUAUCCGACUAAAGACAGAUUAUGGCUAUUUAGAGUUUUCAAAGUUUGUUUGCUUGUUAGUUUUAUUGUCGCAGCCACACACAAGUUCCAAUUUUCUGGACUGCUAUUUAAAUCGACAGGUCUUGUUCUAGGUGUUAUUGGCAGUGUAGCUUUGUGGUCAUAUGUUUCUAAUGAAACUGGCCUUAUCAGCAAGUCUUCAAUAUCAUUUAGUUCAGCAGAGUUUAAAGGGUUACUACAAGCUUGGUUUGUGGCUUCUAUUUUCUCAUCUUACUUUUUUUCAAAGUAUUUGAACAAGGAAGAAUUGCUUGAACCAAACAAUCAAUCUCAAAUUUUUUUAGCAGAAUGGCAAGGUAUAUGUGUUUCACUGUUGCUCAUUAUUGAAUACACGGGUAGUCGUUACCAUAUUGAAACUUUUGAUUAUGAAAUAGUUGCUCGAGUAUUAGUAUCUUUAUGGUCCAUGGUUGAGAUUUACAAAACUUGUCAGAGGUUUCUUUAUUAUGAUCAAAGCAGUAAUAUUAACGUGAAGCAAGUUUACAUUUCAAUUUCAACCUGUCUUGUUCGAACUUUGGCUCGCAUUUUAACAUUGCCUUUAUUUCUCAGUGUUUGUGUUAGGGGGGCCUUUGAUAACAAUUCUUUGUCUGGAUCUAUCCCGCAUUCCUACUUAAUACUGGCUACUAAAUUGACUUUUUGGACAAUUGUGGUUUUUAUUGUUGUUCCGCAUUGUUUAAGCCAUAACAAACUUGCAUUAAAGACUUUAAUUUUAGCAGCUGUUUCUCUUACUGCAAAGAUUAUUGUUCCUGCCAACAGUUCUGUUCAGGAUGAUUUUUGGGCUAACUUAGUAAUGAUUUGGGUCUCUUUAACGUUAUUUACAGAAAAACCAUCACCACUUCCUUCUUACACAUUAUUUUCUUCUACAACAGGCAAUACUUCAUCAUCAUUAACAUUUUUAGAAUUAGUACUUGAAAACAAUUCUGAAGAAAUAUUCCCUUCCUUUUCUGUUGCUGCGGGAGUUGCAUUAUUUUUUUUGCUUUUUGUCAAUGCUGUACAAUACUAUUUUUCAUACUUUGUCUUUUUCAAUAAGAAUGGUCUCAACAACCCCAUGCCAUAUAUUGAGCUCCACAGAGAAGAAUUUGAUCGUUAUUUAACAGCAAGGGGGCUUCAUUAUACUCCAGUAGUACAUUCAGUCAUUGUUUUGAUUACUGCAGCAUGCUAUAUUGUUUUACGUUUGGCAAUACUAAAGAACACAAAAGCAGUAAUUGACAAGGGUUAUUAUUAUUAUUACUAUUCCGCUUGUUGGGUUGCACUUGGAAAGUUUAGUUAUGAAGUGCUGGAGCUUUAUUCUUAUGUUUUUUUAGCAGCCAGCGGAACAUUGCACUUGCACUAUCUUCCGACAGGAAUUGUCAACUCUUCGUCGGUGACAAGGACCCUUUACUUUGUGGAUAGCGCCUUUAAGUUUCCAUAUUUUCAAUGGCGGUUAAUGGAAAAAGUCCGCAAGUGUUUUUCAAUGGCUAUUUCUAGCGGGAUGCUUUGGACUUUGUCCAAGAGUUGUGCAUUUGUUUGGGAACCGCAGGCGGCUUUGAAACAAAGACCCUGUGCACUUCAGAAAUCAGUUUCAGGGCAACAUUUAAAAGAAGAGAGAAGUUAA